GACGGAUUCUGAUGGGCAUCAAAAGUACCGCGGCAGGCCGGUGUUAUAUCUGUUAAAGAUUUCUGUCGCACUAGUUAUGGUCAAGUAGUUGAUGGCCUUGCUGAAGACUCUGUGGAGAUGGCAGGCCGAGUCGUCGACGAGUGCUAUGAUGAAUGGUAGCUUGUACGAAGAAACAUCGAACAGCCGUUCCAGCGUCGAAGUGGUGCCACAGUCCGCCAGCACAGGCCCGCUGCACAUUCCUGCUAAGCGAGUCCAAGCUGCGUCCAGCCUGGCUGUCUCGGCUUACGGUCACUCCGACUGCGGAGGAGUGGUGGAAGGAACGGGGGGUGUCAUCCGCCACAGCCACCACCACCCACCACAGCCAUGGGGGAGCUACGACAACCACUCGGCGUUCGAGAGCCACCAGUCCUACAACCAGGGCGUGACGCCCAGCUACUACUACAACGACCACCACGCAGGCAGGGCGUCCGCGGAUCGGAAGCCCCCCAUCAAAUUCUGGUCCAACAGCUACGACCUGCCCAGUGCCGGACCCAGCACGGUCGCCACGUCUGCAACAGACGCCUGCCAGACUUUCGCGCCACAGACGUGGUGCAACUAUGCCCCGUAUUCCGGCAGGCAUAUGGAGCACCACGCACCACAGGCUGUCACCUAUCUCUCCACGGAAGACAGGGCGCGAGCCCCCAUGGAUGGAUUCACGCAUUCGGAUGGUUAUACCCUGAGGACUUUUGCAGCAGCUGAGAAUCAUCCACAGCCGACAUAUGUACCCGCAGUUUCCGAAACGGUUGUCACGAACCCUUUGGAGUGGACGGGUAAUGUGACAGUGAGGAAGAAGCGCAAACCCUACUCCAAAUUCCAAACGUUGGAACUGGAAAAAGAAUUUCUCUUUAACGCGUACGUUUCCAAACAGAAACGAUGGGAAUUGGCGCGCAAUUUGAACCUCACCGAACGACAAGUCAAGAUAUGGUUCCAGAACAGGAGAAUGAAAAGUAAGAAGAAUAGCCAAAGGAAUGGUGAAAAUAACCAAAACAACAAUAACACUGUGGUGAAUGCCAAUGGACAACGACAGACCAUUGCACAAGCUGUCAAAUAAAUAUCAGUCCAAUGGUCUCAAGACAUUCUCGCAUCUAUCCACGACACUAAUUGUUGUUUCUUUAUUUGUUAUACUUCUUCAUUCUAUUCUGUUGCACAGAAAAACUUUUGUGAUUUUAAAAAGGUGAAGAAAUCUCGAAAAGAAUAAUUCAAUAAUGGUAAAACUGCUACAACAGCUCAAUAAGUGGCCAUUGUUAUGGCAGGUAAGACAAGUUUUGGCAUUUUUCUCCCUUUGCCAGUGAAGCAGAAGUCACUAACUUAUUUCGAAGCGGAGCUGAAGUCACUCAUUCAUCAAAUACUGAAUUAUGUUAAGCAUUUCGUUAUGUUCAUUCAUUUCAAAAUCCAUUCCACCACAGUCAUCAAAACAAUUGUGCUGAACUUUCAUCGAAAGAAACUAAUGCAAGUUAUUGGUUUCUUUUUAGGACAUGAGGCCAAAAGCAGAGGCCUGUAACUGUGAAAUAAAAUUGAAAUACUGAAGCUUUUAAGUAAUAGAUAAUUCAAUCUAAUAUAUUUGGAAAUAUUGUAAAUGUAUAGAAAAAUUUAUGGUUGUAAAGCGCUCGUGCAUGAGUCAGAUAUGUAUUUUGUCUAAGUCAAAAAACUCAAAUGAGUUUUUGAAGUUAUUUAGAAGCAAAAGUUACAUAAAAGUAAUAGUUCAUUCUUCAAACUUAAAGGACUUAUACCAAAAAACAUUAAAUACAAGAUUUUUUUCUUUUAGGUUGAAAAUUGUAUAAAUUUAGACAAAGUAACUUUAGCACAAUAAAUGUUUCAAAAUUCUUAAAAACUACAAAAGUGGUUUCGUAUAUUUCUGUUGAGACAGUGAGAAGUAAAGGGAUGUAUGUUGGCAUUUUAAAGAUUUCUGAAAAACGCGUUCAGAUCUUUCGUAGUAGGUUUUCAUUGAUAAGUUUUUCCAAAUCAUGCUCUAUAGCAGCACAUGCCAUUUGUUUUCCAAAAAUUGAGUAGAAGUUCUCCUACCAUUUGUACUAGUUGUCUCUCAAAUUUUAACUUUGGAAUCAUCUUUCACCCUUUUGCUUCUGACUGUUUCAGUUAUAAAGCAAUACAACUUAACAUGAUUUUAUUUUAGUCAAAGUACUUGUUUAAGAAAUAUUUAGACUAUACAAAUUUAAUGCACCUGUCUUAUUUUCUUACCCUUGUUGAUGAAGUUCAACGUCGUCAAC